UGUCGGAUCUCCAGCAGCCUCUUUCCCUCCCUCCUCUCCCCGCACCCCCUCUUCUGCAACCACACACGCGGCUUCGUUUCCUCCCCUUCGCCGAACUCCUGCGGCCGGCGAUGGUGGAUCGUUUCCUCGCGCCGUCGCCGGAAAGCCCUCGGCUGUGAUGCCCAUUCACCCCGAAUCUGCCUGUCACUUUUGACUGACCAAUGGAGCGGGACGUCGAGAGCCCUGUGGUCACUCGGCAGCCGAAGCUACCGAAGCAAGUGCGCGAGGACAUCCCAAAGCAGCUCGGCUCAGGUGGUCAAGCACGGAGCGUCCAAAGGUACGUGCGGAAGGACGGCAAGUGCAACGUGCACCAUGGCAAUGUCCGGGAGCGGUACCGUUACCUGACUGAUAUCUUCACUACAUUAGUGGAUCUGAAAUGGAGACUCAAUCUACUCAUCUUCGUCAUGGUCUACACAACCACUUGGCUUUUCUUUGGUAUGAUCUGGUGGCUAAUUGCUUACAUCCGAGGGGACCUAAGCCACAUAGGGGAUGCCUCGUGGGUGCCCUGUGUUAACAAUCUCAAUGGCUUUGUUUCAGCCUUUCUCUUCUCCAUUGAGACUGAAACCACCAUUGGCUACGGCUACAGGUUCAUCACUGACAAGUGCCCUGAAGGCAUUAUUCUGCUCCUGGUACAGUCAGUGCUGGGCUCCAUAGUCAACGCCUUCAUGGUUGGGUGCAUGUUUGUGAAAAUCUCGCAGCCCAACAAGAGAGCAGAAACUCUAGUGUUCUCCACCAACGCUGUGGUCAGCGUCCGCGACAGCAAGCUGUGUCUGAUGUUCCGCGUCGGCGACUUGAGGAACUCCCACAUUGUCGAGGCUUCGAUCCGCGCCAAACUGAUCAAGUCAAAGCAGACCAAGGAAGGAGAGUUCAUCCCUCUCAAUCAAACGGAUAUAAACGUUGGCUACGACACUGGAGAUGACCGCCUCUUUUUAGUUUCCCCUCUAAUCAUUUGCCAUGAAAUCAACCAACAGAGUCCUUUCUGGGAAAUCUCCAAAGCCCAGUUGGCCAAAGAGGAGAUGGAGAUUGUGGUGAUCCUCGAAGGAAUGGUGGAGGCAACAGGUAUGACAUGUCAAGCUCGAAGUUCAUAUGUUACCAGUGAGAUUCUGUGGGGUUAUCGCUUCAUGCCUGUCCUGUCACUGGAAGAGGGAUUCUACGAAGUUGAUUAUAACAACUUUCAUGAAACUUAUGAGACAAAGACUCCAGCUUGUAGUGCCAAAGAAAUGGCGGAGAUGAUCAGCAAAGCAGAACUGCCCCUCACCUGGUCAAUCUCCUCCAAACUUAAUGAGGAGGAAGAGGAGGAAGAGAACGAGGAGCGGGGGCAAGCUGACAACAAGAGCCAUGAGGAGCAAGCAGAGCAGAAUGGGGAGGUUACAAAUUUGGAGAACGAAUCCAAAGUGUGAGGUGGAUGGAGUUUCUUUGCCUUGAGGCAGAUGGGAAUAUCACAUCAUAUGUGCUUAAUGAAUGGUAUUCAGGUGUGAAGUUUCCACACUGAUGAAAUUAGAUGCUUGAACAAAAAAAAAAACUUGAGUUAGGAACUAUGGAAAGGUGCAGAGAUCAAGCUGAAUAAAUAGGACAUGGCGUGGUUUACAAUAGGAUUUUUACUUUAGUAAGAUAGACACAAAAUCUGUGUUCAAUAUAGAGAGCUGCAAAAAGCAUAUCAGCCGCAUUAUAGAGCACAUACACGUGUUCAGAAGCUAAUUAGAAAACAGGGCAUGAAGAUCCUCUUUGGCGUCUCGUGCUCAAUGCAUGUAAACUUGUUAGGGCGAUGCAGUUACAUUGAUUGCAAUGGACAGAAUGUGUUGAGGCAACCAUAGCCAGCCACAAAUAUUCUCACAUGCAUUCAGCAUCAGUGACCAAAAGCAGAUUUCUCCUCACUCGCACUUUUGUGCAGGUAUAGCAGACGGUCGGUCAGCUUUUGAAAAGAAUCCCAGCUUUCCGAGUCUUAAGCACCUAUUUCUAAACUUCUGCUGUAGAGGUGAAUGUAGACUAAUGAUUCCUUUCUAAGUUAUUAAAAGAAAUUAAAUGGACAAACUUUUCAGUAAUUCACAUUACUGGAUUCAAACAAGAUCUCAGCAAGGAUGCUGGGAAAUGGAAAGGUGUUGUGCGUUGAAAUGAGCUCCUCUGUCACAAGAGUUAUUAUUGAAUGUUAUUUACAAGUUGUUUUCCUCUUUAAAACAUGUUACUCUUCAUAAUUCCAAUGUGACUUUCUUUGAAAAGAGGCCUCCAUUCAAAGAAUAUUGCAUUAAUCAGCAGCUUUUAACUUUAACAUCAGUUUGCAUUGCCAUAGUCCUCACAAAUUGUACGGGAUUGUCCAUAUUUCCCAUCAAGUCCUCCCUGUAAUGGAAGAAUCAUUGUCCCAGGGCCCGCCUUGGGGAUCAGUCAGUUGUGUAGAUAACACACAGCAGUGAGGUGUGUGACAGAAUGUAAAAUGAACACCAGAAACGAGAAGCAAUGUUCAGAGUAAACCAACCUUGUGCAUCACAAGAAAUCCUUUAUUCGAACUGGUGAGCUGGCUGCAGGAUUUUUUUUUACUUAGCCUGUCCUUGUCAGAUGGACAGAGAUCGCCUGUGUAUUUCUAGUAUUUUAUUUGUUUUUCUUCUGGAUUUCAAAACUGAAGAGUAUUCUUCUAGGCAGUUCAUGGAUAAUGAUGUACAUAUACAACACACGUUGGUGUGAAAUUUUUGAAACUGUAGAUAAUUUGUACAGAAAUCGAGCACUUUAAACUGUAUUGAAUCAGUGCUGAAUCAAGCCAUUCAGCCCAACAAUCCAUGCUGGUUUUCAUGCUCCAGUCAAAUCUCCACUUUCCCUUAUCUAAUUCGAUCAGCAAUCUUACUCCUUUCAGGCAGGGCAAUCCCAUCAUCCCUAGUUCCAAUCAAACGCUGUGCAAACUCCAGGUAUAUCGUACUUCAGAUACAGAAACCAGCCAUGCACACAGAACUCCAUGUGAGUUCUUUCCAAAGCCCUGUGCCUUUUCAUUGCAACUUCCUUACCUUCGUAUGCCUGAAUUGGUCUUUCUGAAUAGUUGCUGUACCUGCAUUACGAAAAGCAACGCAUCAAGCUCCUUUUUAAAAGUUACAAGUUUCCUAUUCUUCCAACUUGUGGAUAACCUCACAAUUUCUCUCCCUUUUUUCCUACAUUUCACAAUGGCAAUCACCUUGCUUGAUCUGCCUUUUCUCUUUCCAGCACACUUUCCUCCUGGGCUUAGAUCACUAAAUUUCUAAUUGUCUUUUCAAGUAAUCCAUUAAGGCAAAUCAUAAAAUAACCAAGGGUGUGGAACUGAUCUCUGUGAUGCCCCACUAGGUAACAGAGAGCCAAUCUGAAACAGAAAUAUUUAGUCCUACUCUGUUUUAUGUUCUUUAAUCAAACCUUUAUCCAUGCUGAUGUGUGACUCCAUUCCUCGAGACCUUAUUUUAUAGACCUGCUGUGUAAUACGCUGCAGUUGGACAAAACCUUGGUAAGACCACAGUUGGAGUAUUGUGUACAGUUUGCUUGCUCUGUUAUAGGAAGAUUACCAUUAAUCUAGAAAGAGAGCAAAUAAUAUUUAAGAGUAUUUGGCAGGAUUCGAGGACCUGAAUCACUGGGAGAGGUUGGGCAGGCUUGGACUCUAUUCUAUGUAGGUGACUAAGGGGUAACCUUAUAGAAGUGUAUAAAAUCAUGAGGGGCAUAGAUAAGGCGAAUGCAGUCUUUUUCCUGGGGAAAUGGAAUCAAUGUUAAAGGGACAAAAGUUUAAGGUGAGAGGAGGAAAUAUUUAAAAGCUAUCUGAAGGACAACUUCUUCAUGCAGUGGCUGGUGCUGAUAUAGAAUGAGCUAUUAGAUAAAGUGACUUGGACAGGUAUAAUAACAACAAUUUAAAGACAUUUGGACAGAUAAGAAAGGUUUAAAGAAAUAUGGGUCAAACACAGACAGAUGGGUGUCUUGGACAGCAUUGAUGAAUUAGGCCAUGCUCUAUUACUCUAUGACUAUAAAUAUCUUCUUUUUAAACACAGAUAUACUACUUCCACUAAUUCUGUCUUAUUAUCCUUCCACUCAAAUUUUCAGUUCUAUAUUGUCAAACACAAUUUUCCCUUCAUAAAACCAAAUUGACUCUGCUUAACUUUAUUAUAAUCUCCAAGUACCCUAUUAUUUCAUAUUUAAUAUUAUUAUUUCUAAUUUCAUUUGUCAUAUCACAUUACCCAGUAAAUGGAAAAUAUUGAGGCAAAGUUGUUUAAUAUUUUGAUCUCUUUUGGUAUCAUUGCCUGUGGUUUAUCUUGUCCAUUUCCAAAGGGCCAGUUCCUACCCCAAUUGCCCAGGGUGCAUGCAAAAGCCAUUAUUUUUAACAAGCAUUGCCUCCUAAGUUGCCAUUUCCAGUGUUUUAAUAAAAAUUAUUCACCCUUUUCACACUCCCCAGCAAUUAAUUCUUUAUCAUCAAACUUCUUGCAUAUGGUUGAGAAAAUCCUGUAAACUUCAUUCCCAAUUUGUUUACUCUUUUGGUCUGAUACAAUUAGAGUAGCUAAAUUAUUGUCAAUUGCUAUUCCAUAUUUCUUGCUCACUCCCCUAAUUUCUUUGCAUAUUUCUUUCACCAUUCCCCUUCUAUUAUCCUACCUAUAUUACAGUUAAUCCUUCAUUACCUAUUACCUGUUUUCAAGUAAUUCUAUUCCAGCCUCGCUGACUGCGAGCCAUACAUCAUCUUUACCACUCAUAAUUACUCCACCUCCCCUUCUCUUCCCACUCUGUGAUUACUAAAUAUGUUAUAUCCUGGAACACUUAACUCUGUCUCAGUUUUUCUUGUCGUGUAUUAUUGCUUCUGUUCCUGUUUUAUUUCAAUGAGUUCAUCGCUGCAUGGGCAAUUUAACUCUCUGCUAUUAGCCAUUGUUCCCGCAUUAUUUUUAACCACUGUUUCACACUGUUGUUCUAUAAUUAUAUCUGCCCUGGCUAUUAAUGUCCUCCCUUUAGUCUAUAAAUUUAUUUGUUUAUACAACCUGUCCAAAAGGGCUGAGGAGGAAUUUAUUUAGCCAGAGGGUGGUGAAUGUGUGUAAUUCUCUGCCGCAGACACUAUGGAGGCCAAGUCAUAUGGGUAUAUUUAAAGCAGAUGUUGCUAAGUUUUGAUCAGUCAGGGUGUCAAAGCUUACAGGGAGAAUGAGGCUAAGCGAGAUAAUAAAUCAGCCAUGAUGGAAGGCGGAACAGACUCAAUGGGCCAAGUGGCCUGACUCUUCUCCUGUGUCUAAUGCUGCUUUUCCCCUCUUAGUUCAUUUAUACAUAUAGGAGCAUCAGUCUUUUUUUUUAAUAUGUUGUGACAUCAGCUUACACGAGGGAAAGGGUUGUGUUAUGGAAAUUUAGGGCAGGAAGUUAGUAUGUGUGAUCUGCUCCAAUUACAUUGAAGGACAGGCCUGGAAAUGCACCAGUGCCCACAGGGACACAUUUAGUCAUCACUACAUGUGCAUUGACAGCCAUUUGGCUGUGUGCCUCCCCUUGUAAAAAUUCAGUAGCAUCUGAAACCCAAAGUGCCAGGUGCCACUGACCGUCCCGGACAGAUUUUCCUCACUUGCUGAAGACUUGCAUGUGUAGUAAUGCAUUCACUCAAGUCAAGUCAACCCCUCCUAAGGCAGGGGUUCCCAACCUAGGAUCCAUGGACCCCUUGCUCAAUGUUUUUGGUCCAUGGCGUAAAGAAAGGUUGGGAAACAGCCCCCCAACCCCGUCCUAAAGGGGUUGUCUAUUAAUGGCUCCUCUGGUGGCUGUAGAAGUCAAUCCAACACCACACAUUCUUGUGCAGUGUGGGCCAGACCUCACAAUCCUGCCCCCUUAGCCACUUGCUGAUUGCCACAGGAUUUAAUCCAGGGUGUUAGAGUGGAUCCCCUUAAUGAAGAAUGCCUGCCUGUGACUUUGUUUAAUGGGGAGACUGAUGCGCGGGCAACAACUAUCGGGUUCUGGUUCCAGUGGAAAGGAAUGCAAGACAACCAGGGACACUUCACUGCAGCAGCCUUCCUCCACCUUCGGAGCGGCUAAGACGUGUCAUCAUCCUUCGCCAGCUCAGCCGCUGAGGUCUUGGUUGGACCACUUUUUGUCUGCGCCUCCCCUUUGACCUUACCGCCAUGGGUGAUCCUACCAGGAGCUAAGGGCCAGACAGCAUGGCUUUCCGGACCUCAGGAACUCAUGAGCCCCUCCACCACCACAAGGUGAUGAUCCUCGAGGGAUUGCACAGCACGUGCAAGAAGGGAGCCGGCUGCACCUGGUGUUGAUGGGUCAAGUCAAGUCGUCAGACCAUUGAGAAGGGUUUUGGCCCAGAACGUUGGGGAGGAGUUGUUUGUGCUGAGGGGACGGGACUGGGGGCAGGAUAUCUGAGGCUGGGAAGGGGUACAUAGGGUAUGUUAGGGAGAGGUGAGAGGGGUUGGCUGAGGAUCAAGGUGAUAGGUCGGGGCUUCAGAAGACUGUAAAGCAGCUGGGGCGGUGAAACCUGAAGAGCCCAGGCAAGUAAAUUAAUGAGAGGGGGCCCAACUAUCUUGGCCCCAUUGGACAAUAUUAUUAAAAACCUUGCUGACAUGGGACUGUCCAACAACACUCAUGCCUCAGAACCACAUUCCAACAACACACAGGAUAAAAGGCUUUUGAGUGUUCUUGCGAUCCAGAACAGAUCAUUGGCACAAGUGUGAUUCACAACCAUACGAGCAUGCUCAAACACCCAGAGUCGAGUGUUUCGAUUUGGAAAAUAUAUGACGGCGUUCCACUCCAAACAGAUUUAUUUCUCAUCUGGACAGGACUGGAAAAAAACACACUCCACUUUGAGAUUUCUGGGUCACGGUGUUGCUUUGUCUUUUUUCAUGCUCUGAUCUUAAAGAUAUUUGAGAUUUACUCAGUGAACUUAGAGCUCGCCAUGUUUGCCUAACCUUCGGGACAGGCUGUUUGGUUAAUAUUUUGCAAACUAUAGUUUGGACUCCAGUGAUUCAAUGUAAAUGUGAUAAUAUCAAAUUAUUGCAGUUUAAGGUUCUCAACAUUAUCCAAGUAAGUCUCACGCUGUACUCGCGGUUUGCUCUUCCUCUCCUGUUCCUGCUAUCUGCUUCUCAUACCCCAUCACUCUGUCCAUUACACAACUUAUAAAAAUGCAACAGUGUAAGAGCAUGGGGAUUAGAGCAGGAAAGUCACGGCAGAAGGUCAGUUGUAAAUUCACCACAUGAUGGGACAGAGGUGAGCUCACGCAAGAGCCACUCAAGCCUCACUUUCUUAUACAGGGAGGAGCCGCAUGUAACUUUAUGACUAUUGCAAAAAGUUUGAGAUUCUUUUCAAGUUUCAAAGAAUACCAUUUCUACUGACACAAGGAAGGAAAAUAGCAAUCAUUCUUUCUAUAACUGUUUAAAUUGCAUUCAAUAUUCUCAGCAACUAUAGGAACAAUCCUUUGAAAACAGGGAUAUUUCAUAUUUAGUUGAUUUAACGUUUUAUUAUCUGGUGCAGGGGUUCCCCACCUUUUCAUGCCAUUAAGCAAGGGGUUCGUGGAUUCCAUGUUGGGAACCCCUGACUCCAGUGAUACUCAGGACAUCAUAAAGCAUUUUCCAGUUGGUGCAUUUCUUUUCAAUUGCAGUUAUUGUAACACACGAUACAUGAUGGCCAGUUUGCCUGCAGGAAGCUCCAAGUGUCAAUGAGAACAAAUGUUACUUCAACGAUGUUGAUUGAAGGGUGGGCCUGUCCAUGGUGUACUACUGCAACUAUAAAAGGAACUGCCACCAAAGUGAAGAUAAAUGGCACAGAUGACAGGGAAUUAAUUUAAAAAUAUUCUGAAUUUACACCACCAUCGCCAUCAUGGAUCUUGUAUUAACCCUUUGGGCACUGAGCUUCUUUAGUGCUUAUUUUUGAUUCUGCAUAACACCUAGAAAUAUGAUUUUUCUGUACAAUUUUUAAGCUGAAUGGUUUUAAGUGAUAUUAAAGAAAUGCACGGCAGCACAUCAGAUCGUCUUUUCUUUCUUAUGAUUUUUUAAAAAUAAAGUGACAACUUAACACUACACUCUUCAAUUAGUUAAAAGUUACACAACCUCUGGAAAUUAUUAAGAAACGACAGAGACAAAAGUGACUGCAGACGCUGCAAUGUGGAGCACAAAACCAUCUGCUGGGAGAACUCAUCGAGUCAGGCAGAAUCUGUAAGUAGGAAAUAGAGAGUCAAUUUCCAGAGAUGUUUCUCCUUCCUAUGGACCGGAGAUGAAGAGUCUCGACCCAAAACAUUGACUGCCCAUCUGACUUGACAGAUGCUGCUGACCACUGAGUUCCUCCAGCAAUUUAUUCUUUGAUGAAGAAUAGGAGUUAAAAUUAACACCAUUGCACUUUGGGAAUUGUUUUUCAGAGGCUUUGAUAGUAAAGUGGAAUUUUGGAGUUCUACCGUUCUUCUGCCUUAAUUCUAAUAGGAGGUUGUCUGACUCCUCAAGGAAAUGAUAUAAA